UAGAGAGGGCGACAGAAAGAAAGGAGAGCGAGCGAGCGAGCGAGCGAGAGGGAUUCAGAAUAGAGGCCGAGAGAAAUGCCAAGCGUGGCUGUGAAGCUCUACAGCGUGUUCUUCAAGUUUCUCUUGAAGCAUCGUUUGCAGAAUCUGAUCCAAGCUCCACUUGACGAAUCGAGUCCUUUUGGAGUUACAUCGCGACCCGAAGAAACGGUUGCUUCUGCUAAUCCUUUGUUCACCGACGGCGUUGCUACCAAGGAUAUUCACAUCGAUCCGUUUACAUCUCUCAGCAUUCGGAUCUUCCUCCCUGAAUCUUCGCUUACUCCGCCUGAAACCGACUCCAAACCCUCUUCUAAAUCGUCGAAGGCUAAACCUAAAUGGCACAGUCAAGAUCUUCAACUGGAUCUUGUUAAUCAGAAUCUGGAUAAUUUACAGCCGUAUUCUUCUCGACGAAAUAGCUAUGGUCCUUUGGGAAAUUCUAGGGAAGAACUGCGGGUGAAUAGAGUUGGGGGUUACAGUAAUGAAAUAGAGGGGUUGAAUUUGAUUCCGGGCCCCGCCACCGGUGGUGUUUACAGAGGGUAUGCACCGGCGGCGCAGAAUGGUCGGAGGUUGCCGGUGAUGUUGCAAUUUCAUGGCGGGGGGUGGGUUAGUGGUAGCAAUGAUUCUGCAGCCAAUGAUUUCUUUUGCCGGAGGAUUGCAAAAUUGUGUGAUGUUAUUGUCAUAGCCGUAGGGUAUCGUCUUGCGCCCGAGAAUCGUUUUCCGGCGGCGUUUGAGGAUGGAUUGAAGGUGUUGAAUUGGUUGGGGAAGCAGGCCAAUUUGGCCGAGUGUAGCAAGUCUAUGGGCAAUACAAAAGGCUAUGGCAAUGAGUUCAAGAAGUCGGAUAAUCACAGGCAUAUUGUUGACACAUUUGGGGCGUCAAUGGUAGAGCCUUGGUUGGCCGCCCAUGGAGACCCAACAAGAUGCGUUCUUCUUGGGGUUAGCUGUGGAGCAAAUGUUGCUGAUUACGUGGCUCGAAAGGCUGUCGAGGCUGGUAAGCUCUUGGACCCCGUCAAGGUGGUCGCGCAGGUUCUCUUGUACCCAUUCUUCGUAGGAAGUGUUCCCACUCAUUCGGAGUUGAAGUUAGCGAAUUCGUAUUUUUACGACAAAGCUAUGUGCCUUCUUGCUUGGAAACUAUUCCUACCCGAGGAAGAGUUUAAUCUCGAUCAUCCAGCUGCAAACCCCCUUGUUUCUGGUAGAGAAGGGCCACCUCUAAAGCUCAUGCCACCAACACUGACAGUGGUGGCUGAACUCGAUUGGAUGAGAGACCGAGCCAUAGCUUACUCUGAAGAACUUCGAAAGGUAAAUGUCGAUGCCCCUGUUCUUGACUACAAGGAUGCAGUGCACGAAUUCGCGACCCUUGACAUUCUUCUCAAGACACCUCAAGCCCAAGCUUGCGCCGAGGACAUAGCCAUUUGGGUCCAAAAAUAUAUUUCACUACGAGGCCAUGAGUUCUCUUAUUGAUGCAUGUAUUGAAGCCAAGGCACGUCGAGGUUGUCACGGUUGGAGAUUAUGUAAUGUAUGUAGAAUGAGGGAGUGUAACAUUUUUUCAUUAUCAAAUUUAGUUCCUCCUUCCAUUUUGAUCUUUUGUAAGAUAGGAACUUACCUGAGAUUAGGAGGAUACAAUUAUCAUUGGUCUUGUAAUGUAAAAUGCUCGAAAGCGUCGAACAACGAGAUUGUACCUGUCGUUCUUUCCAUUUUUUUACACCAUGAAUUUGUGUACAA